AGACACUCCCGAAAAGCACAAUCACGUCUCAUCACGGCCAGGCAAAGCUGUUGGUCUCCGGAAUUGAAAGGCUGUGCGCUGUCCGUCGCAACAGAGUUAUCGCUCUUCCAUGUUUCCCCAUACAUUUAGUCUUUGCAGGCCUGUGCCCUUAUCAAAUGCAUCAUCAAACUUUGCCAGGCUACCUCGAGUUCAUCGUAGAUCAUCAUCAGCGGUACAGCACCAUAAUCGCAGCCUACCGCCGUUUCCCUCAAAAUGCGAGGUACUCGACGAGUAUGCCCUUCCCCAUACCACUGCCUCGCUUUGAGGUUAGUUCUACCGUCUCUGCGAAUGGAUCAAGCAAGACGAAAACAUCAGAUCUAGAAUCUGAUCUUCCGGGCCAAUUGUACUACACCCAUGUCCCUGGUCUACCAAUCAACCGUCCCAUCGGCUUUCCGCACGUUGUCGACCCAACCACCUUCGACGAAGACACUGCUAUCGAUGGCCUCAGUUUAGGAGAUGGCAUCAGUACGUUCCUGUGGCUAUGGAAUCGCAACGAGUUCCACAAUUUCUUCAACCUGUCACACCCAAAGUUCGAGAUUUGGUAUCGUGCACCAGAUGGAGUCAUCAAGGACAUGGCAAUCUUGAGAAGCGGUCGGAAUGUGAUGGUUGGUCUGCGUAGGUCUUCCAAGACUACGAGCAUAGGUCAGCCCUGGGAACCUCCAAGUCCGCAAAUCAUCUCACUGAUCGAACGGAAUGGAAAGUGGUGUGGGAGAGCGUGUUCCGAAGCACCACACGCAAUCGAGUGGUAUGGUUCACAGCUCGCGAAGACGAUCAUAUACCACAAGCUCUGGGAUUUACAGUACUGGAACGCUUCAAUCACUAUAUGCCAUAAUUUCGGCGAAGGGAACGACUGCUUCAGAUGAAGCGCAAAUAACGUGUCAAAAGUGGAUAAUGUUUAGUGGUAAUGAUAAUAUAGUGACGAGAACAUCUCGAGGAAG